AUGCCACCUUUUUCUAAACAAAAAAGAAAAUCAAAAGACCAGCCACACACAAAAAAUGGCCAAUACUAUACUAAAAGAACACAAUAUACAAGCAUGGAUGAUCAUAAUUUACCGGAUACCUCAAUGUCAGUUAAUGAUAAUUGUGUAAAUGUAAAAGAUUUCCAAACUAAAAUAAGUGGCGCAGUUACUGCAGCUCACGAAAAUGGUGAUAGUGGUAAUGAAUAUAUCGAUCUUGAUUUCGAAUUUCUUAAUGAAGAAUGGGGUGAUGAUGAAGAUAGUGAUGGGAAUGAUACUAAUGAUUUUACAGAGUUAAAGGAGACCAAAUUGGUUUGGAAAGAAGAUAAUCAAUUUGAAAAAUAA